CAGUUUUGCAUUGUUGUUCCAGUUUUGUCCUCGUCCGAUUUUUUCUCAUCAGCUUCAACGCAAAAGUUCUUCACACUUCCGUGUAUUUUCGUGUACCCCAUCGUCUGUGCUAGCAAAAUGUUCCACCUCUAAACAUGGGCAACGAUCAAUCGCAGCUGAAGGGAUUGGAGAUCAGCCGGAAGGCCAUCCAAGUGACGGACUACUGGUCCCUGUACAAUGGGGAAAUCCCGACGGAAUCGAGCGUAUCGGCAAUUUCGAUUUUCCAAGGCGAAACCCUGGUGACGGGUCAGUUUUGGACCAAUCAAAAUCCGCUGGAGCGGGCCAUCCGGAACCUGAAGAUCUAUCGACACCCGAACAUACUGAAGUACAUUGCGUCAUGGAACAAGGGUUCGCUGAAGAUGUUGGCCACGGAACGCUGCCGACCGCUGGCCACUUGCUUGAACAUUACCAGCGAUGUGCAGAUUUGUUUGGGUUUGAGGAACGUUCUAUGCGCGCUGAUCUUUCUGAUGGAACAGGCGAAUGUGCGACACUUGAGCAUCAGCAUAUCUUCCAUCUACGUAACCGAUGAUGGAGCAUGGAGGUUGGCCGGAUUCGAGCAUCUGUGGACAGGUAAAGAGUUCAACUUAACAUUGCUGGAAAAGUCUCAGCCUUAUCGCUACCCGAAGGCGAUCGAUCCGGAAGAGCUUAAGAACAAGGGCCAAGGAGUGGAGCAGUACGCCUUCGCCGUAAUGUGUGAGGAAAUCCUGCACAACAAAACCGAUAGCAACAUUCCCGCGGUGGAAGAUUUCAAGUUUUACUGCGCAACACACCUGAAGCAUGCUAACGUUUCGAUGCGUCCCAAGUUGUCCGCUAUACUGCUUCAUCCGCUGUUUAAUCACGAUUUCAUCCUGAUACAUUCCUUCCUGACGGAACUUCCUCUGAAGAGUCCACAAGCCAAGAUGGAGUUCUUCACCGGCUUAGCGGAUCGCCUACGGACGUUCGAUCCGGAAACCGUGGCCGAGCAGAUGGGCUCGUUGCUGCUGUCCCGGAUAGUACUGCUGGAUACUACUGCUCAGCUGUGCGUUACCCCGUUCAUUCUGAGACCCAAAACGGACGAUCUCUCGUCGGGACUGUUUGUGGCCAGAAUUUUCUCCACAUACAUAAUUCCAAAGGUGAAGCAGGUUUUCUGCGUGCAGGAUGCCCAAAUUCGUCUGACGAUGUUGGAGUAUUUUCCGGAUUAUUUCCUUUACUUCAGCUUGGAGGAUUUGAAGGACCACAUUUUGCCGCAGUUGCUUCUUGGCAUAAAAGACACCAACGACGUCCUCGUAGCGAAGACCCUGCUCUGCCUAGCGGAUUUGGUUCCGGUUCUGGGUUCGGGCGUCGUGAUCGGCGGCAAUCGAAGCAAAAUCUUCGCCGACGGGCGACCUCAGGGGGUUCCCGAUCAGUCUAAUCCCUGGAGUGGAGUUCGAUCCAUCACUCCGGUCAUUGGUUCCGGUGAAUUUCUUUCCGGUAGUCCCAUUCCUGGUGGAGGUGCCGCCGUUGCUGGCACCGGAGAGAACUUUUCGUCCAUUGUACACGGAGGAGAUUUCAACUACAUGCCGGAAAGGCUUUCCCCGGAGGGAGAAGACAUUGACCACACCAACAGCGAUCUCGAGCUGGAGGUGGACGAAUGGAGCGAUUGGGAGAACGAUGUAAACGAACACACCGCCAGCCAUCAUAUCAAUGUGGAACAGGAAAUGGAAUCAGCCAAAACGGAGCCGGCGGAAGUCCAAACUGAUUCGACUUCUGCGCAAUCAGAUAAAAAUGAACCCAACAGCAAGCUGAAACGAUCCGACCCAUCACAGGCGGAAAGCAUAGAGAAUUUGGACAUUAAAAUGAAGCCGUUCAAAAAGCUGGAUGCUUCCGCGGAGGAAGACAUGGACUUUUUCAAAGAUAUGGAACCGGUUAUACAGAAGGCGAAUGUGCUGCUCAUAAACGACGGUGAGGAAGAGGAAAGUAGUGAAAGCGUUCCCUUGACUACCGCGGUUUCUGUGGAAAAAUCUGUGUCCGGCGCGAACGAACAAGAAUCGCCGUUGAUCAAGGUGGACAGCAGCCGGUUCGAUAUCAAAGUGGAAGACUUGGAGGUCAACGAGGAUGGCUGGGAUGACGAGGCGAGUGUGUGGUGAGUAAUGGAACAUUUUUUUUUAGCACGGGGUUAGUUAAUACGCAAAUAUAGUUGAUGUAGGGUUAGUGUAAUGGCUUGACCGCGCUGAGGCAGAUACAUUGUUUUUGAGUCCUACCUGUUGUAUGUUUUGAAACAGCUUACAUUCUAUAAGAGUAACGCCACCUUUACCAUUGAAUAAAAUCAUGAAAUAUUGUCGGUA